UUUAAUUUUCGAUAUUCUAAAAAAAAAAGAAGUGUCAUUGCUCUUCGAAACUCCAAAGUAGUUGGAGCAGCUCGCCGCGCGCGUCUGCUAAUGCUCGCAUUAUUGCGCACGCGUGAUAUUUGGUCUCUCCAUCUGGGAGCACUGGUCUGACGUAUCCUAACGGCGAAUACAGCGAGAUCUAUACGUCAAAAGAUAGUCGAGCGGCCGUAUAUUUUGAAGAAGUUUUUCACUUUAACCUCUCGUCGGAGCUGGAUUUGCCCGCACGGGACUCAAUAUGCUGGCUCUCAUCAAUCGGAUCUUAGACUGGUUCAAGUCUCUCUUCUGGAAGGAAGAGAUGGAACUCACUCUCGUCGGUCUGCAGUACAGUGGAAAGACUACCUUUGUGAAUGUCAUAGCGUCUGGGCAAUUUAGCGAAGAUAUGAUACCGACUGUAGGCUUUAACAUGCGUAAAAUAACCAAAGGCAAUGUCACUAUAAAAGUAUGGGACAUUGGUGGUCAACCAAGGUUUAGAUCUAUGUGGGAGAGAUAUUGUAGAGGAGUAAACGCCAUCGUUUACAUGGUGGAUGCAGCCGAUUCGGAAAAGAUUGAGGCAAGCCGCAACGAAUUACACAAUUUGUUGGAUAAACCACAAUUGUCUGGAAUACCAGUAUUGGUUCUUGGUAAUAAAAGGGAUCUACCUCAUGCAUUGGAUGAGAACGGGCUUAUAGAACGAAUGAACUUGUCUGCGAUUCAGGACCGUGAGAUCUGUUGCUACAGUAUUUCGUGUAAAGAAAAAGACAAUAUUGAUAUUACGUUACAAUGGCUCAUAGCGCAUUCAAAAAGUGGAGUUCGUUAAUACUCUUAAAAUAUCCCAUUUGUUAGUAUCGGCGAGUCUUUGAUACUGAUAACAGUAUUGGGAUCAAAUGUGAGACGAGCGCAUUGAGCAAACUUCGUUCAAAAUCGAGUCAUUAUUGUAGAAAACUACUUGAGCUUUAGCUGAUCUAAGUUGAAUGGUGCAAAUAUGCCAUGGUAAAGUUUAAAAAAAAAAUCAUGCUUGUAUGCCAAGAAUAUGCUCGUGUGAAUUAUACCGUAAGGCACUCAUUUCCCGCGAGCACAUUAGUAAUAAGGAACAAUUUUUUAUAUUUUCGUUUUAGGUAAGUCCAAGAAUAUAUUCCAAUACUUGAUAACAAUUAAAUAUAAUUAGUAUCUCUGUAUUUUCUAUGAUUGCCGCUAUUGUGUAAAGCUGAAAUAAUACCAACAUAAUCGCAGUUAAUUAUUGUGAUAUUAUAGAUGUCGAUAUUCUGAUUUCAUCUUGUACCCUCGAAAGAUACCAAACGUUUCAUGUAUAAAUUAGAAAAAAUUGUAGUUAUUACGAAAUACACACGCGCAAAGAUAUCACUAUUAAUUAAUAUACUAUAGUGUACAUAUAUAUGUAUAUGUAUACAUAUAUAUGUAUACACACACAUCUCGAGAAACUUUAAUAACAAAUAAAAACGACGUAUUGCAAAUAUCGCUUUUGUUUCUUCUUACUUCGAGAAAGUGAAUCCUGAGUCGAAUGCUACUCUCGCGUUUGUAUAAAAUUACAUAAAGAAGUGACGAGACAAAAGUAUUUAUCAUAUUUCACAAAAACAAAAAAGCAAGUAAUGAUUUGAUGACAAUACUGGAAAUAAUACGAAAACAAUUUGAGAAAUAGCGUGGACUAAGGACACAGAAAAAGAUUGAAGCAGGAAAACGUGGGCAAUAAGAAAAUCAAUGUUUGAUUUGCUACUGCUUAAGUUUUCGACUGUUUGAUUCACUUAAUUUUUUAUGUGUCACUCGCAAAAAAUAUUGUGAAAAGUAUCAAAUUCUACCAUAAAUGUAUCUAAAAAAAACUUGGAUUGCAAUAGAAUAGAUAGAUUUUAUUUACUCUGCAGCGAUACCAGGAAGUUUAAACGCUCGCACAUUUUCGUUAUCCUAUAAAUUUUUUUUUUUUUCAUUUAUUUCUAUCUAUAUAUAAAGUUUCAUAUAAUACGCUGGAAUUUCUCUUAAUCCACUUUGCUAUAAUUAUCGGUUCAAAUUGCCGAUAAUGAAAUGAGUCAAUGUUUCUAAAUAACUCUGUCCGUUUAGCUGCACUUUGUGACACAAUUACAAAAUAUUAUGUCACAGAGACAUGAACUGCUUUAUGUGUAUUAUGUGUGUUGAAACGCUUCGAUAUUUAUUUGUACCAAAUUCACAGUACGCAUUUUUCAUAAAAGAUCAUUACAAUAAAAUUUUAAAAUAGUGUACUGUAUAGGGAGGGGAAGAGCUUUCCUAAGUUCAAAUUGCUGAAGUAAAGUUUCAGCUAAUUGAACUGCUUAUAUGACAAUAUGGUAUUUCAUUUUCUAGCGGUGUUCGUUACAGCCAAUUUUUGUUAUAUUUAUUACUUAACUGUACAUGACUCACUCUUUCAAUAAAGUGGCCACAAUAAUACGUAUUAAAUUGUCCGCAAAAAAUUAGUUACAUAUUACAGCAGAAAAGAUCAUGUCCUCGAAAUCUCUCAACGAUUUGCGGAUACAUGUACAUGAUAAAGAUAGAAACGAUUAUCGUGUCUUCUAUUUUAUAAUGUGUAUGUUAUAAUACAGAAUCAUGGAUGGAAUGAUACGUUUCCAUCUUUCAGGGACAGAAAAUAUACUCGUACAUAUAGUUACAUUUAAGGUCCAAAAGUCAAGUAGAAUACAGUGUAAUAGAAUACAAAAUUCUGGAUUAAAUUUAUAUGAAACAUUGUUAAGAUAAUACAAACGAUAUUAAGAAAAAAUAAAAUAAACGUAACAUAGAAUAAUAUUCUUUAUAGAAUUUGAAGAUCGCACUCUGUCAAAUUCGAUUAAGAAUACCGAUCCAUUAUAAUUUUUAUGACAAUUCUCAUAUACAGAAUAUCCUGUCCGACCGGAAAAUAUUUUAAUGAUAGAUUUUUUUUUUACUAAUUUGAAAUCAUUGUUUCUGUAUUAAAAGUUUCAAUGAAAUAUCUUUAAUGAUCAAAAUUCUAAUGAUUUUAUUAUAUUUAAGAUUCAUGACUAAAAUAUCCUAAAUAACUUUAUUUCUCAGUUAAUUUCAAAUAGAUUUUAGUAGAAUUUCGUACUUAAUUAUAACGAUAUUUAAUAUUGGCAAUUGUUAUGAUAAUUAAGAGCAUCUCGUAACUUUCACAACGAAAAGGAUUCUUUUGAAUCAUCUACCUUUCAAAUACUUCCCAGUGAUAUCCAGUAUUAUUACUAUCUGUCUUUAUAUCGAUUAUGAUUCAAUUUUAAAUUAACUCAUUAAAGUUUAAUUAUAAUUUUAGUUAUUAUAAUUGUUACUUUUCAGUUAUUUUGAAAAUAAAUAAGACCUCUACGUAAAGUUUCCAAUUGCUGAAGAGAAUAUAUUGCUUUAUCCAGUAAAUCAAGAUAAGAGAGAUUCACACAGACCUUGCAAGAAAGCGUGGGCUUUAAUGAGUUAAUCUAUCAAAUUUGUUGAAUAUCUAUUGUAAAUUUUUGUUUAAUCAUUGUAUGUUACAUCUGAAUAUCCAUAAAAUACAUAUACUUGUAUCUAUAUGCAUAUAUGUAUAUAUGCAUCUGUCAUAAGCUAUAUCUACAUAUAUAUGCAUACAUGCCAUUUAUUUACAUAAAUUAGGAAAGAAGAUAUUAUAUCUUUUUUCCCUCAUGUUCCUUCUUCUGGAGAAAAAAAAACCAGUUGACUUAUAAAUUCAAUUAGACAUGUAUCCAAAUAAUACUUUACAAGUCUAUGUACUUGCUUGAAAACAUUUUUUUUAUAUUUUUCUUAUAUAUAUAAUAACGCUAUCAUUAAUAAUAUCCAAAAUUCAUUGAUUUUGAUCCUUGUAUGUCUAUUCAAUCUACGUCGUGUAUCCGCACUUCGUAUACAUUUACACGAAGAAAAGAUAUUGCCUCAUAAUUAAUAAGCAAUAAUAAGUCAAUGGUAAACCUUCUAUUAAUAUAAUCUUUCUUGUUGCGCGUUAUGUUCCGCUGAACAAAACGAUUAAAAACUUGUUAAUUUAUAAAUUAUUAUAUUAUGUGUUUACAUAUAGAAUUGACGAAAAAUGGUCAAAUAAUUUCUCUCGACUCCCUUGACCAUGAACCCUUGACUCUCGACAUCCUUUUCUAACAAAAAUUUCGAGGAAGAUUAAUAUUUUUGUAUCUACUAAAAAAAAAAAAAAUAAAAAAAAAAUAAUGUUACAUUUCG